GUAUGGCAGAUAACCGACAACAGGACACCAAAGUACAGUUGAAAAGGGAACUUGGUCUGCUAGAGGCCGUUUCACUGGUAAUUGGGAGUAUCAUUGGUGCUGGGAUUUUCGUGUCGCCCAAAGGCGUCAUCAGAGCGACCGGAUCCGUGGGUCUGUGUCUGGUAGUGUGGGUCAUCGCUGGUCUGGCGUGUCUGGGGGACGCCCUGUGUUUUGCCGAGCUAGGCACGCUGAUACCUAAAUCAGGUGGGAUGUACACCUAUCUACAGCUAGGCCUCGGCAACUACGUUUCGUUUCUUUUUGCCCUACAGGCAACCUUUCUGUUGAGACCUGGUUCACUGGUGAUCUUCAUGCUCACCUUCGCCAAGUACCUGGUCACCCUGCUCCCGAUCUGCGGCUCCCCACAGAAGCUGGAGAAAAUCAUCGCAGCUGCUGGGUUGGUAACGUUGUACCUGGUCAACUGCUGCGGGACACGCUACGGGGCUCAGGUAGCCAAGGUCACCACACUGUGUAAACUGUUGGCACUGGGGGUCAUCAUAGUGGCAGGUCUUGUGGCCAUCUCACAAGGUGUGACGAGCGAGCUAGGCACUGGGUUCCAGGACUCCUCAACGGAAGUGUCGUCAUUGGCGCUGGCUUUGUACAGUGCCAUGUUCGCCACGAGAGGAGGAGCUGAGGUGAAUAACGUCAUAGAGGAGAUCAAAAAUCCCUCUAAGUAA